CGUGUUAACAGGAAGUGUGUUGGACUGCCUCGUCGAGAAAGUCUCCAUGUCCCUCGAUCCUGGGAAAACGCGUCCAUCCUCCCAUCCUCCUAGGUUAUUUGCGACAGUCGCGUCUCACCCAUGUAAAUAAUCGCGCUCAUGGCCAGAAAACGAAAAUGCGCAGAGGCCACGUCCAAUCGUCCUACCAAGCAACAGAAAUCGGCCAAUUAUGACCGCGCCGGCCCGCUGCAUGUGUCCACCAUACACCAUGCUGUGCUGUCAUCCUACUAUCCAAAGGUCUGCACACUGAGGAGUUAUCUUCUGACGGCCUUGCCUACCACGUCUCGUAUUCGAAGACAGAAACUUACACUGUUUGGAAAGCAUGAUGCCAAUGCUCUACUUGACACCUGCCUCGUGGGUAUUCUCAAGAACACUUCUAUCUCUGUCAAAGAGUCGCGGAAAACCGACUUCGCUACAUUCACUCAAAGCCAGUACCGUGCCACUGAUCCUGAUCCUCGCCGAGCGCAGUCAUGUUAUAUAGACGAGGUUGUCGACUUUGUCAUUUGGUCACUCUUCAAAGGCAACUUUGCGAACAAGGCUCGGCCUCAGCACAUUCUCUGCCAUGGCCUUCAAAGAGGCAGAAUCUCCCACGAUCAUGGGUAUCAGCCUGGGGAACCGGCACCUUUCCUGCCUGGUAUCAUCCGAAAACACCCUAACGAGAAUCUACUGACUUUGAAAUCGUCUCCUUGGUCUGAUGUCCUAUCUUUGUUGGGAGUAGACGGUGAAGUUAUUUUUGCAAGUCUGCUCCUGGAUUGUGGUGUCUUUACACGGGUAGCAAGUGGAAGAGACAAUUAUUUUCAGUUGAGCGGUAUUCCAAUCUCGGAGCUGCCUCAAGUUCAAACCCUAUGUCCAGGAAAAGCCAUUUUGCCAAAAAGACGGGAUAUCCAGCGACUUGGGGAUAUUCGUUUCGUUCGAAACCGCAUGCUCUAUGCUAGACCGUUUUCCAACGCUGCUGGCAAGAUUAAAGUCGGACUUCACCAUACCCAUAUUCUGCAGAGGCUGCCGGAUGCCGCGCAACAGCACCAGGCUGUGCAUCUUUUGAAGUACGUCUUCCCGCGCCAAUUCGAUCUACACAAUGUUUUCACGUCACUGGUUCGCUCGAAUGAGACCGCGCAUAGGUUCAAAGACUACACAGUGCGUGAACAGGAAAUCGCUGGGCAGAGAAAAAGGCCGGUAACUUGGACGCCACGUCGCCUUCGUGGCGAGCCGAUGCGGCUUAUCCAGAAAAUCCAUCAAAAUCACAGAUCGUGUUCCUACAGCCAGCGUUUGAGACAUUAUUGCCCUCCUAUGUCUGCUGGCUUUGAGGCCCCUAUCAUUCAGAGUAACGGAACAUCACCGCCUACGGCGGGCUCGGAACUCUUCUCCACACAGAUCGAACGAUCCGGGAUGCCACGAUUGAACUCGGACACGGUUUUCAGCAGCAAAGAUGGAGAUUCCUCAUUUUCAGCACAUGCAACUCCUUCAUCAAGAGUCUCGGCAUUUUGCCGCUCGGUCAUCUCCCAUCUGCUCCCACGCCAUACUUUUGGAAGCGGGCCAGGAGGUCAGCAGAACCAUGUAGUGAUGAUGAACAGGAUUGAUAAAUUUGUUCGAAUGCGCCGAUUUGAGACCAUGAGCUUGCAUGAGGCUCUCCAAGGAAUCCACCUAACGUCGAUUGCGUGGCUCUCAGGUUCAAAAUGUUUGGAUGGGAGAAUGUCCAGGUCUGAUUUCACGAAGCGGCUCGAGAUUUUUCAUGAAUUUGUCUACUAUGUUUUUGACUCCUUGCUCGUACCGAUCAUUCGAGCGCACUUUUACGUUACCGAGAGCUCAACCCACCGCCAUCGGUUAUUCUACUUUCGGCAGGAUGUAUGGCGCAAACUCUCCGAGCCUACUCUUGCAACGCUGAGGCUGAACAUGUACGCUCCUAUCAGACCCGGUGAAGCUCGACUCAAGUUACGAUCUCAAGCAUUAGGAUAUAGCCAUCUGCGACUGCUGCCCAAGGACCAAGGCGCCAGACCUAUCACGAAUUUGAGGCGACGGCAACGAAAACUGGAUGCUGGGAGAAGACUCCUUGGAGACAGCAUCAACAGCCAAUUGGCACCUAUUUUUCAUGUGCUCAACUUCGAACGUGGACGCAAUCCUGCACCAUUGGGCUCUGCUUUGUUGUCAGUUGGUGACAUCCACGGAAAGGUGGCAAGCUUUAAGAAGGUUCUCCGAUCAAAAUCUCCUCUCUUCUUUGUCAAGGUUGACAUCAAAUCGUGCUUCGACACCAUUCCACAAGCGCCUCUGCUGCAGAUGGCCAGCUCGUUGCUUGGCGAAGCAUCGUACCGGACAACGAAAUACCUUGAAGUCAAGUCGAGGGAUUCUGGACGGGCCAUAGCACAAGAAAGUCUACGACGACGAUUCGGAGGCAUAGCCCGCCCAGCUGAUACUCGGGCCGUGCUGUCGGAGGAAUCAGUGUCCAACGUAGCCUCUGGAAAACGUCAUGUCGUCUUUGCGGACACGGGAAACAACAGAAUAUGGAAUCGAGAUUCACUGCUGAAUCUUCUUCAAAAUCAUGUGGGAGACAGCAUGAUCAAGAUUGGCAAAAAGUACAUGAAGCAGAUUGACGGCAUCCCUCAAGGUUCAAUCCUCAGCAGCCUUCUUUGCAGCUACUUUUACGGAGCAUUCGAAAGGAGUGAAUUGGGCUUUCUGGUGCCAGAGUCAUGCCUGCUAUUGCGGCUCAUUGACGAUUUCCUGCUAAUAACGACCAAUGUCAAGCUUGCCCGACAAUUUCUGGAGGUCAUGGCAAGUGGUGACCAGGAUUAUGGGAUCCACGUCAACGCCGAAAAGUCCCUGGUUAAUUUUGAAGUGACUAUCAACGGUGAGAAAGUGCCACGAAUACACGGCAGCACCUAUUUCCCAUACUGUGGGAUAGGCAUCCACAUGGAGACCUUGGAAUUGAAGAAAGACAGAGAGAAGAAAGACGUAUUUCUUAGCAAUACUCUAACAUUGGAGCGCUGUUCGAAACCUGGAAUGACCUUGAAAAGGAAAAUCUUAUCGUCUCUCAAGCUGCAGAUGCAUCCCAUGUUGCUGGAUAUGUCACUGAAUGGCCGGAGCCAGGUGGUCUUGACCUUGCUCGGGAACUUCACUGAGUCAGCAAUGAAGAUGCAUCAAUAUGUUACGGGAUUGACAGAAAAGAGACAACCGUCGCAGGGGCUCCUUCGAGACCUGAUACAAGAUCUCGUGACAGUGGCAAACAAGAUUUGUUGCGAGAAGAAUGGCAACAAUGCGCAUGUCAGACACAUCAGCCGGCGACAAAUGUGUUGGAUUGCCGCAGCGGCCUUUGAGAGUGUUCUAGAGCGCAAACAGAGCCAGUACAAGGAUCUGCUGUUCUGGCUGCGAUCGCUCCGACAAAGCGCACAGCCCAGUAUGAACUUGGAAGAAGCGGCCAUCGCACGGCUUCUGCAAGAAAACAAGAGAGCGUUUCGGAGCUAUGUAUAUUGAC